UAAAUCCACCAGCAGCCGCCUCCCAUUUCUCAGUGUGUGUCUGCCAGGCGGCACGACAAGGCAACACCUGUGGCUGAAACAACAAGGGCUGGACACUCGCCGCCGCCGCCGCUGCCCACACUCAAAGCCACACAUGGAUCAGCAAAGUUUCACUUGGAAGACCUGCCCUAUGAAGGGGGAAGAGGGCAUAAGCGAAUUUGGUUGCUGGAUAUCGCGGGCUGCUUCUGCCCAACAUGCACGGAGCUUCUAAAGGUUAGAGGGCUAUCAGACUGGGGACUGGGUUCUCUCUCUCCCUGUGGAGAGAGAAGUGAGGGAGGGGUUGUCAGAGACGCCGCUAUGGACAUCGCCGCCGCCAAUGGCACCUGGAACGACUCCAGCCCCGGCAACGGCACCGAGCCCACCGACACCAAAUUCUUGCAACCCGAGUGGUUGAUCAUCCUCUGGGCUCUCGCUUACUCCACCAUGGUGGUCGUGGCUGUCUGCGGCAACCUGGUAGUCAUGUGGAUUAUACUGGCCCACAAGAGAAUGCGGACGGUCACCAACUACCUGCUGGUCAACCUGGCCUUCGCCGAGGUCUCCAUGGCUGCCUUCAACACCGUUAUCAACUUUGUAUACAGCAUCCACAACGACUGGUACUUUGGCGCCGGCUACUGUCGCUUCCAAAACUUCUUCCCCAUCACGGCCAUGUUCGCGAGCAUCUACUCCAUGACCGCCAUCGCGCUGGACAGGUAUAUGGCUAUCAUUCACCCGCUGAAACCAAGGCUGUCCGCAACUGCAACCAAAGUGGUCAUUGGAGUCAUCUGGGUGGUGGCACUGUCCCUUGCCUUUCCACAGUGCUAUUACUCCAAGACAGAAGAGUUCCCGGGCAGGGUGGUGUGUUACGUGGAGUGGCCCGAGAAUGAAGAUGACAGCAAAACUCCCGAGACCACAUAUCACGUCUGUGUGAUAGUCCUCGUCUACUUCCUGCCACUUCUGGUGAUGGGAUUUGCGUACACAGUCGUGGGAAUGACGCUGUGGGCCAGCGCCAUUCCAGGAGAUUCCUCAGACAGAUACAGCGAGCAGAUGAACGCCAAGAGGAAGGUGGUAAAGAUGAUGAUUGUGGUGGUGACCACCUUCGCUGUAUGCUGGCUGCCCUUCCACAUCUACUUCCUGCUCUCCCUCUUCCACCCUGAGAUCUACCAGGAGCAGUACAUCCAGCAGGUGUACCUGGCCAUCUUCUGGCUGGCCAUGAGUUCCACAAUGUACAACCCCAUCAUCUACUGCUGCCUCAAUGACCGGUUCCGUGCUGGUUUCCGCCGUGCUUUUCGUUGGUGCCCCUUUGUCAAGGCUCAUGAAUAUGAGGGUCUGGAGAUGAAGUCCGCCAGGUACUUUAACACCCAGAGCAGCAUGUACAAGGUCAGCCGGAUGGAGACGGCUGUGUCCACCGUGAUCAACCAGACCGACGAUGAUGCCAAUGAGACCACCAAGCCAAUGCAUUUGGCCCUGGACCUCACCCCCAACGGCUCUGCCCACAGCUUGUCAAAGGCUGGUCCUGACUCAGCCACCAUCUACUGCAGGCCAGACCACUACUAGAUUGAGACUGGUCCGAUACCACUGGAAACUGAGAAGACCUUACCGAUAUGCCAAUGGAGUCAGUCCGAACCCAAUACCAGCAAGCUAAUCCAGCAAGGGUCAAAGUAUUGACCGUUUGGCUUUAGUCCACAAUUCAUCCGUAUAGUGAUUCCUUUUUAUCCAAGGGAGAUUUGAUCAGGGCUGUGAUUCUUCCCACAUUGGUGCCCAGAACUGUGCAGAGACCUCUGCUGCCUUCUAUCAUGUACAGAGGGGAAUCAAACUACCGAGUGUGGGAGGGUUGAGAUGCAGAGUGAAGUUUGGAGAGUUGCUCUAGCUUGGCAUUGCUCUGCCAGGCGAGGUGGGUUGCAGCUCACACUGCUCCACGCCGGGCAAUGCCAGUUUUCCAAGUCCCUCAAGUUAUUUCCAAAAUCCCACCUCUCGUACCUCUCUAUGGCACAGAAUUCACUCGAUAACUCUGGAACCGACCGAGGAUUCUACCUUCAACGAGAGGCAUAUCGGCACACGUCACAACGGGAGAAACGUGUUCUCGUAGCCAAGGUCAAUCAUUUUUAUUUGGUUCCUGAGCUUCGGUGCUGCUGGCAAGACCAAGGUUUGUCGCCCAUCUCCUGGGAAGUGGGACGUGGAUGAAAAUUCCCAUUAAAUCCUUGAGAUGAGGGCUCUGAAGGCCAAUGGGAGGCCCAAAUUUCAACCCAACCGAGAUACAAAAUGAACAUUCAACAAUUUCCUGAUCCACAGUUGGGACAGCAUAGACAUGAUGGGCCAAAUGGCCUCCUUCCAUGCCAUCAAGAUCCACAUUUCGGUUGAAGGAUCAUGACUUCCCUACAAUUGAUGUUUAGGUGGUGUAAGUGUACAUAAUGCCAAAAAUGUUCCAUCUUUGCACAGUGCUAUGUUCGUGAAAAUGUAUGUUCUGCUCCUGGGUGAAUUUUUGAAAUUGCACUUCAAAGUUCAAUUCAGAGGUGUAAACCUUUCAAGAUUGAGAUUGGAGCCAAGGCCAGAUUUGCUGACGUUAUUAUUAUUGAUUGGUGUUUCACUGUCCAAAAUAAUUUUAUAUAAAGUAAUUUUCUGUACACCUUUUAAUAAUGCAACUUUGAAAUGUGUUGGUUGGGAUCCAUUCUUCAGUCUCCUGAUUGAAGAAUAUCGGGGUGUUGAGGAAAGAACUGCAGAUGCUGGAAAAAUCGAAGGUAGACAAAAAUGCUGGAGAAACUCAGC